AUGGCGACAACACGAGCGUCAGCAAGACAGGGCAAACUGCCAGCCGGUUUCGCAACAGUUAAAGAUGUUCUUGAAGGGGAGAUUCCAGAUGGAGCUCGGAGAAAUAUCAUGGGCAUUCUCACGGAUUUUCGGGCUCCAAUUCCCACAAGAGGCUCCGAUUGGAAAUGUCAGAUGCGAAUUUAUGACCAGUCAGUUGAGGAUGAGCCCGAUGAAUCUGUUCUCCUCAAUAUAUUUUGGCCUCAAGGAGAUAUGCCGGAUGCCCGAAGCGGCGAUGUGGUCAUCGCAUUUGGAGUCAAAGUGCAAAACUAUCAAGCCUCAUUUUCACUAUGUACCCAUAAAAUGACAGACGUUCACAUAUAUGAUUCCAGUCUAAUUCCAAGCCCACCUGCUGAUGCUGCUAAGGCUCGUCGGCCGUCGAACAGAAGUAAGAUCAAUCGCCAACCAAAUAGGAUUGAAAAUGAGUUUGUCAGUAUUCUGUACAGUUCUAUCAACAAAGAGAGAAUUCCAGCAGAUGACAAGUUUGAAGAAAAAAAGAAUCAAUCGAUCAACGUGAAACAAAAGUUCUCUGAGCUGAAGGAUGCUCGGGCUGGUAUGUUCAUUGACUCUAUCGCACAAAUCGUCCGGGAACCCUACGACUUAGGGGAUAAGUUCACAUUGUGGGUGUCUGACUAUACGGAGAAUCCAUCAUUUCAUCACUAUGGGUUUAUGGGAAUGUCAGCAGGCAAGGCUGGAGACUCUACCCAUUCCUCCUCGUCACAGAAAUCUGAGUGGGCAGGGCCAUUUGGAAAACAGAGCUUGCAAAUUACUUGUUAUGAGCCACAUGCCUCAAUACUUCGAGAGCAGCGUUUCUCAGUGAACACUUGGAUUCACCUGCGAAAUCUCCAAAUCAAGUUUGGUAAAAAUGAAACCAAUUUGGAAGGCUACCUCCGGGAAGAUCAAGGCGCCCAAGGGAUUAAGAUCAAUAUUUCGCAAUUAGACCACCAGAACCGGGAGACCAUGACCGAAGACCUCAAGAACGCUCUUCGGCGGAAGCGGGCUUACGAAUCAGAAAAGAAGGGGCAGCUCAAAGAACUCACCGAAGCCGCCAACGCAGGACAGAAACGAAAGGCACAUUUAGGUUUAGAAUCAGAACCCCCUGCCAAAAAUGCUUCAAAUACUUCAAAUUCGAAGCAGAGGCGAAAAAAGAGCCGUCAUCACAAACAGGAGGCGUUUGAGCGUCAAAGGGACCAAGGGGACGAAAAUCCUCCUCCCAAUACCGAGGACGCAGACGAUGCCCCCGACGACCUGAACGGACAAGUCAAGUGCGAAAACGAAGGCAAGCCAUCCACAACAGUCGCGGAGAUGCUGGCACCAAAAUACGUCGAAUCCGUCAUAGAUGGAAGCUCCAUCAAGCUCCAAUUACCGUUUGUAAACGCAAAGUACCGGACAUAUGCGCGGGUAACUGAUUUCAUGCCCUCCCGCCUCGAAGACUUCGCCCACCCGAGAACAAGUGACUCCGAAUACGGUGCUCUCUCAGACCAUGAGGAGGAGUCUGAGCCUGAUUCAGAAAACGAAUCCCGAGCCAUCGUAGGAUGGGAAUGGCGUUUCUGCCUACGACUGGAAGGCGCCUCAACGAAAGAGACCACCAAGAAGUCCACCUGGGUUAUCGUCAACAACCAGGCUGCCCAAAUGCUUUUGAAUCUAGACGCUUCCGAUUUGAGGAAGGACGAUGGUAAACUCGCAGCCGUGCGACAGAAAAUGUGGUCACUUUGGGGAGAGUUGGAAGACCACAAGGCCAAGAUGGAGAACAGAGCAUUAAAGGCCCGGCAUUCCAACAACGCCAACGCUCCACCAGAACACUCCGAUGAUGAAGAGGAAGUUACCAAGAAGAAGACAGAGCAGGUUCGUAAUCGUCCUUUUGCAUGUUGUAUCCACCAGUAUGGCGCAAAAGUAGCCGAAGGAGACGAAACAAAAGCCGAUGCCGGAGACGGAAAGCGCUGGGAAAGGAUGUUUGGUCUAUUCGGCACAAAAAUAGCCAACCUGUAA